AUGCAGAGACUAGGAAAUGGAUUGGCUGUCCUCAAAAUGGCUUAUGGCUCCGUGGGAGCUAUCUAUGGAGAUUUGGGAACAUCUCCCUUGUAUGUGUUCUCUACCAUAUUUAGCAGCAACAGCAAUCCAACUCACAAAGAGGUAUACGGCUCAAUGUCGUGUAUCUUUUGGCUUUUCACGGGGGUCGUGAUUUUCAAAUAUGCUUUAAUCGUGCUGAUUUUUGGACCCAAUGACAACGAAGGUGGACAGAUUGCCAUUUAUUCCAAAAUUGCCAGAACGCUGAAGUUUGGCCCGAAAGGUGUGAAAAUUCCAGGCAGCAGAGAGUACGCACAAGAGCUAGCCGACAAUGAUGAUCUGCUUUCACUCACGCGAACGAACACCAAUGCUUCCAAUUAUUCGCAUGGAGACUCGAUGCCCAGCCAGCGCAUUAAAAGCUUUCUGUCAAAAUUCACUCUCGCAUUGUGUUUUUUGGGAUGCUCCUUGGUGUUCUCAGAUGGGCUUCUCACUCCCACCACAUCUGUCCUGUCUGCGAUCUCAGGCAUUGCGGUGGCAGUACCUUCUUUCGAGGACAAGGUUAUGCCGGUUUCGUGUGCAGUCUUGAUCAUUCUGUUUCUUUCCCAGAGAUUCGGGUCUGGAAAACUCUCCCUGUUGUUCUCGCCAAUUGUGACCGUAUGGCUGAUUUGUUUGUUUGUCAAUGGGGUUAUCUGCGUGGCCAAGUUUCAUCCAAAAAUUAUGAAAGCACUCAAUCCAUACUAUGCAGUGCAGUUCCUCAAAGACCAUGGAGUCGACUCCUUUAGCUCUAUGAUGCUUUGCGUUACUGGUUGUGAGGCAAUGUUCGCCGACGUCUCGCACUUUGGACCCUUGCCUAUCCAAUUGGCUCUGUGCUGUUUCGUGUACCCAUGUUUGAUGAUGUGCUAUUUUGGACAGGCAGCGUACCUCAUAAAACACCCAUCCGGCGUCUCAAACGUGUUCUACCUCUCCAUUCCAGGCCACAAUGGUGACGCGUACUACUGGUUCAUGUUCGUCAUGGCCACGCUCGCAACCAUCAUCGCUUCUCAGGCUUUGAUUUUGGGUGUGUUCAGCAUCCUGAUACAACUCAUCACACUUGAUUGCUUCCCACGACUGAAGGCCAUUUACACCUCGGAAAAGCACCGUGGACAAAUCUUUAUUCCUGUUGCCAACUGGGUUCUGAUGGUCUGUGUGGUUCUAACAACAGUUGGAUUCAAAAAUAGUAAUAACGUGACCGCAGCUUACGGACUAGGUAUAUCUAUCGAUUUCAUACUCACGACAACGUUGAUCACCAUCUGUAUGAGGUACGUCUACCGCAUCAACGUGAUCAUACCCAUAGUGUUCAUGUUAGGCUUUGGCACCUUGGACGCCCUGCUGAUCAUCUCCGGUCUGCGAAAAGUUCCAAAUGGUGCGUGGUUUCCUCUAGCGAUGGCAGGAAUCAGUUUCAUGUUCAUUUCUUUCUGGCGGUGGUGCAGAAGUCUUAAGGUCAACUACGACAUUAGCUUCAAGAAGUCAGUAGACGAGCUGUUUGUGAGCUCGUCCACGGUCAAGGCCAUAAAGGAAGCAGUGGUGGUCAACUUGAACAGUGAAAACAGCAAGAAGGGAUAUGAUGGGGCCAACGAUGAGGAAUCUGUGGCUUCUGAUCCCGACAUUGGCACCAGUGGAGACCAGGACAACCAGUUUCUGGAAAUGAAGUACUAUGGAAAUAUUAUCAAGAUCCCUAGAAACAAUCAUGUGGGAAUCAUGUACUGCACUUCUUCCACCACUCUCACCAACAGGAGCUACCUUCCACACCUGUUUGAGCACCUGAUCCACUCCUUCAAUUCCGUGCCCAAAAUAUUCAUCCUCAUAGAGCCCCGAGUGAGCACGCUUCCCUUCAUCGAGGAAGAAGAUUCAUACCGUUUACAGGAGAUUGCCGGUGUUCCUGGUUUCUAUAGAUGCAUUGUCCGGUCCGGAUUUAUGCGCCAGACAUUGCUCACCAAGAAACUUUUGAGAAGUCUGCUACUAUCAAUUUCGGAGAUCGAAGAGCUGCAAAAUGUGUACGGCACAAACGAUGUGAUGGACGACAGCAAUCACUUCACUAUCCCGGUAGUUCACCUGUUUGAGAGGGAUUAUGUGUCUUCCAAGGAAUUUGAUAGCGAGGACGUGGAGGAAGAGUCCAGGGCCAUGCGGAUUGCCAAGCUUCCGUGGAAAGUUUUGAGAAGAUGGCUGAUUAACUACCUGUUUGCACCACUCAACGGCAUUUCCAACAACAGCACAAUGGACUUCCUGCUCCCGCACAAGAACGAGGAGCGCAACCAGGAGAUAUUGUACGUUGGAAAUCGCAUCAGCAUCUGA